AACGCCUUGCGCGUGAUUUCUACCCCGGUCACGGCAAGAUUACAGAUCACUUUCCCUCCCUGGCCGAACAGGAGCACAUUCCCGUCCGAAUAGCGCCAUCUAUCACCGUGAUAGGACGAUAGCAGACCAAUCGCAGGCGGAAGCUUUCAUUCAGGCGUGUCACGAUGUCGACAUUCGGGCGGUCAAACUCCCUGUCCUUGAACACAGGCGCUGCAAAUUCACUCUUUCCUCCGAAUCUCACAGCUGGCGCGGCAUCGACGCCGUCAAGCUCCGGUCUCUUCGGCGGUGGAGCAGCAAACACGAACAACGCAACCCAGAGUUCCACGCCGUCAUUCUCCCUGUUUGGUGCACCGAAACAAGAGCCAUCACAAGCGACGACUUCAGCACCAGCAUUUGGCUCCACCACCGCGUCGACAUCGUUAUUCGGAAAUAAUGCAGCACAACAAUCACAAUCGGCUACGCCGUCGCUGUUUGGACAGACUGCAACGCAACAGCAGCCAGCAGCAUCAGGAGGAGGAUUAUUUGGGCAGAGCACAACUCAGCAGAGCACGCCGUCAUUAUUUGGAGGAAACACACAGCAAGCGCCCGCAGCAUCCUCUCUAUUCGGCGGGAACAACACCAAUCAACAACCUACGACCGGUUUCGGUGCCUCGCUUUUCGGCAGCAGCACACAACAACAGCCACAAGCUACUGGAAGUUCUUCUCUGUUCGGAGGAGGCGCGACGAACAAUGCCUCGUCGCUCUUUGGGCAGCCGCAGCAGCAGCAGCAGCAGCAGCAGCAGCAGCAGCAACAACAGCAACAACGGCAGCAGCCAUCUCUUUUUGGUGCAGCUCAAGCCGCAUCUUUCAACAGACAAUCUUCUGCAUUUGCGGGACGGCUGAGCAUGGGACAAAAUCCUGCGACCGCUGCGACAGCAGCCAGUGCUGCGAUUGGCGGGUCCACUACUGUGCCUGCGGUCAAAAUUGACCUGGAAAACCUCCGACCAACGACCCGCUAUGAAGAUUUGACCGACCAGAUGAAGGCUGAGUUGGAGAAUAUUGACAAAAUGAUUCAACAGCAGGAGAGCUUCUGCAGACAAAUCGAGGCUAUCCUACCGAAACACGGCCAAGAUCUGAUCAGUUUGACACCAGACGGUGAUUUCAUCCGUGACAAAGUCGAUGCAGUCGAGCAGGCUCUCACAAGCGAUGCUCAUGGUGUAGACGCUCAGAGACGGGUCGCGGAAAAGGAUGGCCAUGAUCUGCAGAGAUGCGGGCGCAUCAUCACGAAUCUGGGACUACCUCAAGGCUAUCAAUUCGCCAAUCUCGGCUACGCCGGAGGUGGCGGUGCCAACAAUAACACAAACGGUGCCAAUCAUAACGCCGUGGCUCGCGGCAAUCCGAACCAUGGCAACAACAACAGCAACAAUGGCCAAAAUUCCUCGAACAACCCCAACAAUUCAUCCGACGCCUCCUCCGACGACCCAACCUCAUCCAACUACGACACCGACCUCAUCAGGAACUAUUUUCUCCCGCUCGCGACCUCCCUUCAAUCUAGCAUGUCAGCCUACACCUCCAACCUGGUCGAGAUCGAAGCCCACAUGCGCGUCAUCGAGAGCAGCGCACUGGCGCAAGCACAACAGUUGGCGCAGAGAAAAUCGGGCGCCGAACAGCAAGGUGGUACUGGUGAUGAUGGCGAAGGUGGAUUCGGUAGCGGCGGUGUUGACGCUACGGUCAGAGAAUUGGCGGACACAUUGAGAGGAUUUGAGGCGAGUAUCUUGGGCGUGGCGGGUGCGGUAGGCGAAUGCCGUGAGGGAGUUAAUGAGCUUGUGUUGGGUCGGUUCAAUGGUGCGGGUCCAGGGCGGUACUGAAAAGAUUUGAUUCGUGGUUGAAUUCUGCGUUCUAUGUAAAAAUGAUAAGAUCCGACAAACCCAAGUCAAAUUCGUCAUCAAAGUUCUGGAGUGCAUCAAGUUUAUGUGCUUGCUGUA